ACUGUUCAAACUUUCUGUGGCAAACUUUGCACUUCAUUUCAGUUUCUCCAUCUUGGUUGGAUGUUGCAUUAUUUAUUUAUUUGUUUAUUUUUCUAACCAGUCUGCAUAUAACUAACUGUAUUGCCCUCAGGUGAAUUAUAGGGUUCGGAAUAAUACUUGAAAAUGUACUAUUUUAUAUGUAAGACUUAUCGACUCACCCUGAAGUCCAUGCAUCUUCGAUCGACCCAUCUGGUCCUGGUAUGGGUUAAAAGUUGUUUUCUCAUUAUUCUGGUCAGGUAUCUGCAGCUUCUGUUGUUCCCCAUAUGUUUCUCAUACACACACAAAGAUCAGAUGUAGCAAGAAGCCUGUAGAAGAGAAGAACAGAUUUUGCCACACGUUACUGACCCUGACUAUUGUGUUGGAAUCCUCAGUAGAUAUUCUGAUCUUCAGUCCAGAGAUGCAUGCGUAUUGUGCCAGUUGAACCCUGUAGAGAAACAUAAGCAUAGGUGACGUUGUUUUAACAAACACUUGGUGGCAGGAUACAUUCCUUGUUGGUUUCUCUCUUUCUCUACCUCACGGUCUUAAAUUGUAUCCCCUUUCUUAAGUAUGCUUUUCCCGCAACACUGUAUCUGUGUGCAUUCCGUGUGCUUCGUUGCGUUGUUCCUGGGAAGGAAUAUUACAUUUGUAAACUUGGCUGACUCCCACAGAUGCAGUAGAUAUAAAAGUGGUAGGCUUUAUGUAAACACAAGCGGUAGAUUAAUUGCUUUGUUUAAGAAUAUAACCCAGAAGACCUAGAAACAUGCCUCCAGAGGUCCAUACCAACAUCUGGAUAAAGAACAAACAUGCACACACACACACUUUGUAACAAAUAAAGUAUCUUUAAAUGUAGCCAUAAACGUGGACCAUGGGGUCCAAGCACUGAUCAUAAAUAGACGUGUGUUUGACCGAUCACAGGAUCUCAUUCAUUUAGUAUAAACAGGUGACUCCCUAAAUGAUUGUUAGGUUAUCCAAUCAGAGUUCCUGAACUAAUUUGUGUCAUGAUGUCACUUAGCAAUUUUUUGUACAAUUCACUUUACAAAUCACUGAGAAUCCUUUUCAAAUAAAAUAGUGUUAAAUAUUGUGCAAAAAUAAAAACCAGUAGUACCAGUAGAGUCUGAGGAAUGCAAAGAGAUUGCGGAGGCCCAAGACGAAUAUCUUCUUGUAGAUAGCGUAGCUGGAUUAGUGCGUGGGAUUAUGGGGUAAAAUACUUUUUAAAAUAAAAAAUUAUAGAUAGAUAGAUUUACAAUCAUGUGGAAAGAAAAGAAGUACUCCCAGUGUAAAUUGUUGGGUUUUUUGACCCGUCUCAUAUCUAGGGUCUGGAGUUCCCUUUGUUAUUGAGGUGUGUGGUGUCAUCAUGCCAAGAUCUAAAGAGUUCUGUAAGGGCUUCAGAAAAAAGUGGAUGCCUAUGAGUCUGGCAAGGGAUUUACAAAGAUCUCCAAAUUAUUGGAAAUGCAUCAUUCCACUGCAAGGAAAAUAAUCUACAAAUGGCACAGAUUUCAAACCCAAGCCCAAGACCAGACCGUCUGAUGCAAAAAGAAGUCUAAAAGAACCCCAACAUUUCAUCACAGGAUCUGAUAGAAAGUCUGGCAACUGUUGGUGUCAACGUGCAUGCUUCUACAAUCAGAAUGAGAUCGCACAAAUUUGAUUUGUAUCAAAUUUGCAUGGGAGGCGUGCCAGGAAAAAGCCUUUGCAGGACUACAGUACAGUUUGAAAGUGAGCAUAUAGGCAAAGACCAGGCCUUUUGGAAUAAUGUGCUCUGGACAGACGAAUCAAAGAUAGAGUUGUUUGGCCGUAGAAACAGCAGACGUGUUUGGCACAGACCAAAGACAGCUUUUCAUGAGAAGCAGGAGAAGAUGGAAAUGUUAUGGUUUGGGGUUGCUUCACUGUCUCAGGGACUGGACAGCUUGCAUUCACUGAUUCAACUAUGAAUUCUGCAUCAUAUCAAAGAGUGCUUGAAGAUAAUGUCAGGCCGUCUGUCCGAAAGUUGAAGUUGAACUGAAAGUGGACUUUUCAACAGGACAAUGAUCCUAAGCACACUCGCAAAUCCACCAAGGAAUGGCUCAAAAAGAAGAGAUGGAGGGUUAUGGAAUGGCCUAGUCAAAGCCCGGAUUUGAAUCCCAUUGAAAUGUUAUGGGGGAAUUUGAAACAGGCAGGACAUGCAAGAAAACCCUCAAACAUCUCGCAACUGAAAGAAUACUACAUAGAAGAGUGGUCAAAAAUUCCAGCAAGCCUCGUGGACAAUGAUGCAAAACGCCUACAAGACGUUAUUUCUGCUAAAGUGGGCAAUACUAGCUUCUGAGGCCAAGGGUGUACUUACUUUUUCCACAGAAGAAUAUCACAUCUAUUUAUAUUUCUGGUGAAUAAAUGAUUGAAAAAGCUCAUUUUCCUUACUCUUCAAAUAUAUCGACUUUAUUAAUAGGCACCGUUCCAAAGAGGAUCAGAUGUUUGCUUCUCCAGAUCUGUCAAAAAAAGCCAACAAUUUCCGUAAUUGGGGCGUAAUUUUUUAUUUUUUAUUUAUUUAUUUAUUUAUUUAUUUUUUUACAUGACUGUACAUACCACACCACCUCAUUGUGCAUCAUUUUCCUAUAACAGCAUGGCCCGCUGUUUGUUCCUUAUAUUAUAUUACAUGAGUAUAACGCAUAUAAAAUAUUUCGAUAGCUACACAACACUGUUUGCUUUAUGUGAAGCUAAUGUUUAAUUCAUCAUCCACUUCCUAUUUCCUUCAACCAUGUACACAAAGCUUUAUGAUCUUUUCCAUCAUUUGGAUGUGUCUCUUAAGCUGCACCAAAAAAAGGAAUUUGUAUGUAAGAGUUGUUUACUGUUCAUGAAUCCUACAGUCUGAAGCUUUUUAUUAUGCAAAUAUUUUUCUAGCACAUCUCGCUGGUUUGCCCAUCCAAAUAUUUUCCCUGCAUGUCAAUGACUCCUCUGUCAAACAUUUGCAUAGAGUGAUUGUACAAGCGGCUCCUCCGGUGUACAGUGCUGAUACCAACGUGGCAUGAGAAAUCUUUGAAAGUGCUUGUUAUCAGUGGAAAAACUGGGUUAGGCUAAUGAGGUUUCUCUAGCUCAGGCUCUCAUCCUUCAGCCAAUUCUCCAAUAGUUGCUCGGGGUAACAGGCUAAAAAUCACCGUGGCUGCAAAUGUACGUUAAAGGCACAUUAAUAUCCUGCUUGGCUUUCUAAAGGCAGGAAAUUGUCAAAAUAGGAUGCUACAUUUGUGGGUUAUUCAGACACUUGCUUGGUAUUAUUAUGGCAUGUUUGUAUUUUGUUUUCCGCCUCCCAUGUGGCUGUGUGAGAGGAGCCAGUGGCAGCUGUGUAAAGGUAACAGAUUUACACUGGGAAAUAAGUAUCUGCAUGGGGAAAUAUUUUGAUAAGUCUAUUUAACUUAUAUACUGUAUGUAUGUGCUGUUAUUAAAACACCUUCUGUGUCUCCCUCAAAUGCUUUCAAAGAAAUAUCAGGAGGUAAGAUUGCAUCUGAAAUAUUGUGAGAUGUUGUCAUUUAUGCUGUACUGCAGCGGCUGAGAUUUGUGUUAAACUGUGUGGUGCAUGUGUUGCUGCUUUUGUUUCAGUUUCAGAGUGUUGAUUUUUGCUUCUGUUUUUAAAAAUGUCACACGAUGAACGAACAUCACUGGCGGAAUCUGCUUUUCCCUACAAAAGCAUUAUUAUUUGUUCACCGUUCUUCCCAAGCUUCUGUAUUUUUAUAAUAGCACCACAACAAAACAAAACACAAAAAGUCGACCUGUUUUUCUGCCUUCUCUCUGCAGUUGACCAAAGCAUGUUUGAGAACUCAAGUGCAGGUGAGCAGCUGAAGCAGGGGACGAAGCCGAGCUCCGUCGCCGGCCGCCGUGACGUCUCCUCUCCAGGGGGCCAAAAAGGCAGCACACACCUGAAGAACCUGGGUAAAGCCAUGGGGGCCAAAGUCAAUGACCUGCUGCGGCGUAAAGAGCCCGGCAGCCUGGGGGACAUCGGAGUCACGGAAGUCAACAAGAACGUAGGAGCAGUGUGGUCCAGCCACAAAGUGACUGUGAACAGCCACAUUUCACUGGACGCUUUCCCUCGCCUGGAUCCUCCACCUCCCACCAAUAAGAAGCGUCUCCCUCGCGCUUUGAAGACCACUCAGGAAAUGAUGAUCUCCUCUGACCCUGUGGUGGCCUCUCCAGAGCUCUCAGACUCCUCCUUCUUGUCCUCCCCAGAGAAGAUCCACCAAACCAAAGCCCCUGCGCAACCUGAAGAGCCUGAAGAUCAAGUGCAACCCUCAGGAACUGAUAGUGCUCCGGAGGCCCUGACAAAAGAAGAGAACAGAUCAGGCCAGUUUUCUGAUAUGGAUGGCAUCCAAACAGCAGACGAAGAGAAGGAACGAGGCACUGUGGAUGAAGACCAGUCGCACGUGCUGCUCUCGGUUCCAGAUCUCAUCCACAAGGACGGCCUGGAGCUCAAGCAGAAAUUGAGCAGCUCUGAGAGUAGAAUGGCGUCCACACCGCGUCCAGGCAAAGGAGACCGUCGAAUCAGCAUGAGCGAGGGAGAACUUCUUCAGAACGGCUCAGUGGGACACAUGAGGACCUCCAGCACGGAGAACGAGGAACCACACCCAGACCUGCUUUCAUUUGAAUAAAAUCUUCAGCACAUUUGAGAUCAAUGUCACGAUGAUCUUCCCGAUCAACCCGGUCUUCGUCGGUCUUCUUGAGAGAAUCUUUCUCUGCGAGACGUUGGUUUAACUGAAAAGGCAGUCACCGAUGCUCGUACAGGAGAACCCGCGGGCCUUAGGGGAACCAAGCGAAGUGGAUUUAUCAUCGUGACAUUUCUGUGAACCACUGUAUUUUCUGUGUGUGCACUAUAAUGUGUUUAUUAUGCCUCACUUUAUUAUGUAUUACCACAGAACUAUUCUGAAUAUUUUAGCCUAAUUAUUUUAAUAACUCAAAUCACUAUUUUAGAUUUUUGAAGCUUUUCCUGCACCUGUCAGUACUUCUAGCCAUUUCAGAGAUUAUUCUUGUUGUGCAUUUUAUACUAAAGGAUUGAAACAGCUGGUCAGUAAUAGCCAAAGCGAGGACAUUUGAUCUGCUGUAAUACUUCUAAAGCUGUGCAUGUACUCCGUAUCCCUGUUCACGCCGCUAAGCGAUGCAGAGCCUCAAUACGGCCACAGCGCCAAGCGAUGUGCGUUUAAUUCAGAUUUACAAAGUGCACCCAGAACAACAUCCCCGCUCAGAUUAGUGCUUUAGUACCGCUCUUAAUUAAACGUUAGCUACGUUUCCAUCCAAGUGAUUUUGUUUCAGUUUUGCGACGUUUAAAUGUAAUAUUUUACACAUCGUGCAAAACUUUAUUCUUUUUAAACUUUUGUCGAUGCGUUUGCAAAAAAAAAAAAAAAAAAAAAAAAAUGGUUUCAAUACAUUUUUAUUUUAUCGCUUGUAAUAUGCGUAAUAUUGCGUAGUGUCUAUGAAAACUAAGCUACUGGGGUUGACAUAGAGAAUGAUCUGUGCACUACCAAAGCUAUGCAUAGUAUUAUGUGAUGGCACAAAGGCUGAGAAUUUUUUUUUUUUUUUUUUUUUUUUUUUUUUUUUUUUUUUUUUUAACGGAGAUCCGAUGGUGACAUGCAUGGUCAUGGCACAGUAAAGCAUUAGUUUCAUGUCCCCACUGGGGCUCUGUACUACUCCAGUGCAAAAUUUUGUAAUGAUUUUGAGAUCACACUCCUUUUUCGUUUUGCUUUUUUUUUUUUUUUUUUUUUAAUAUAUAUAUAUAUAUAUAUAUAUAUAUAAAGGUAAAUAAACUGCUGUUCAGAUUUCCAGCGUCCAUACACCAGAUCCUUAGUGACCAGUUUUAUGGGUGGUUCACUUCAGGGCACUUUAAAUAACAUCUUUUCUUGGGCAUUAUGACAAUAUUCAGACUAACUUUACAUUAGUCUGUAUGCAUUUCCCAGUUUUUAUUGGAACUGGGAGUGAAAUCUCAGACUUGCUGGCUAGUUUUUGAACACAGAGUCAGUCUCGCGUAUCAAUCUGAAUAAUCUCACUCCGAGAUCUGUGUAUCAGCGGUCAGGCGGAAGAUGCUGGAAAGGUGAGAAGCAUGGAUAAGAAAUGUAGGGGCUGAAUGAGCAGAAAAAUAGAAAAGAUGUUAAGGUCUUCACUCUUUUGACCUGAUUAGCAUGCUAAUGAUUAUGCUAGGUGGUAGAUAUUUGGUAGAACUACAGCUGUGUGUUAAGGCCGAAGGAAGUAGAAAGUAAGACAUGGGUGUAUGUAUAAUCAAAGCAAGGUCCAGGUAGCAAGCCUGUCAGAAAGCCUGGCCAUCCAGGAGGGAAGAUAAAGCAGGACAGAAUGAGGCCCAGGAAUCUGAGUGCAGGAUUCUGAGAGAGAGGUUCUCAAGCACAGAGCGUACAGAGUGCUGCUGACGGACAGUCAGAGUGACGGCCUGCUCGGGGAAUGGCACUAAUGAGGCUCAGGCAGUGCAAAGCCGUGAGAAUGGGCCUGGAGAUGAUAAGGAAUGUCGUAACUCGAUUUACACCGUAGCGCUGUUGAAUUCUCAGUUCUGAUUGGACAGGAGGUGUUGAUUCAUAUUCUGCUUUAACAGCCGCAGUGGAAGCAGUCAGUAGUGUUCUCUGCAAGGCAAAUCGCAGCUUUCUAUUAAUGCGCUUGUUCUCAUACAUUAUCCUUUCCAUAGCAGCGACUUGCGCAAGGACAAAAACGUGUAAUCGUUUGAAGAUUUCUGGAAGGAGAUUUUUAUUUCUCACUCUGAAAGGCGUCUCCGCUGUCAGUACUUUGCAGCGAUCAGACGUAAAGCUGUGCCUUAACAUGUUCCGACACUGGAAAGUCUUCAGGAUGAAGGACUUUGCGUUUUCUCAGUACCAUAUGUUUUGGGGUUUUGUUUGUUUGUUUGUUUGUUUGUUUGUUUGUUUGUUCAGUUCAUUUUAAGAGAGGGGAAAAAAAGGACAGAGGAACUGUUUAUAGCUGCUAUAACAUAAGAAAAUAACACAGGGAACUAACUUAUUUUCCAGAUGUUCCAGAAUAUGACAUGCAUAAAUGGACAAAAUGUACACGUUGUUCUUUAGUUAAAAAAAAAACUGUUUGUAAACAUUUGCUUUUGCAGAACUUUGCUUUUGCUUUGCGCCCUACAGCCCACUACCCUGUCACUGAUUAUUUUCCGAUAACGGCAUGCGUCCAGAUGUUUUACCCCUAACAUAAAGCUCAGCCUGACAUCAGUCUGGCUCGCACGAUCCUCUGGAAGCACAGUCUUUCACAUCGAACAAAUCCUCCUCUUCAAGACCUUUUGACCACGUCAGAAGGUCUCCACUCGACUUUCUCCCACUCCCAGUGCAUCGACGUUAUAGAAUACUUUUCCGCCGUUCUAUCAGGGACAUCAUGCAAUAUUUAGUCGUUUCAAUACGGUUAGAAUGAAUACCGAGAUGAUUCAUGGAUGAGGCGAUGAGCAAUUGCAGAAAGAAAAGGUUUAGAAAAGAAUUGUCGGUCAGAAUGAUGAAAAGCAUUACGUGGGUGUCCUGUUUGAGUGAUGGACUCAUUCUUCUGUUCAAACUGUCCUUCACGAUAAUGGACCGCUCUUAUAAAUGGAACCUCGAUACGCGAGGACACGUUUCAUUUCACCUGUGAGUCAGCCUUUUGCUGUACUAAUGCUGUGUGCCUUCGCUGUACGUGCCACUGGGUCAUAAAGUGUAAAGUAACAUUAUUGUAUGAAUAUUUUAUGAUACUCAAAUGUAUAUGUGCUUGGAGGGGAGGGGAGGGGAGGGGGUGGAGGGGGGGGGGUCGAAUCAACUAAAAGCUAAAAAAUAAUAUUUCUGCUUUAGUCCGAUUUGAAGAUGAUUUUUUUUUUUUUUUUUUUUGCGAUCAGAAUGUAUUAAAAAGAAAAGAAUAAUUAUUGUCGUUUCUUUGUGUUUUAAACUGUCACAUAUCUUACUUUAUAAUGCUCACUUUAUCAUGAUAAACGAUUGAAGGAAACUGUUGAAGGAACAUUGUGUUUAUGAAGGUUUUAUGAGCGCACUAAAAGCAAAAAAAAAAUAAUAAUAAAAAUAAGUAUAAGACCUCAAAUAUUACAGAUUUUGUAUUAAAGCCAUUUUUCAGAA